AACAUCCCUAAUUUCAUUUGUUGUUGGUUUGACUGGCUGGUCGUGUUUUUGUGGCGCUACUUUUGCGUAACUGGAACUUUCUGUGAAGCCGCGGUUUUAAACGCUUUGACAUGGUGUUGACGAAGGAAUAUCGCGUGUGCAUGCCGCUAACCGUGGAGGAGUACAAGAUUGGUCAGCUGUAUAUGAUAGCACGCCAUAGUCUGGAGCAAUCCGAGGAAGGAGAGGGUGUUGAGGUGGUGGAGAACAGACCCUGUGAAGAUGCCGUCCAUGGCAAGGGCCAGUACACAGAGAAACACAUCCACUUGUCGAGUCGACUGCCUUACUGGGUGCAAGCAAUCUGCCCGCGCGUUUUCUAUGUGAUAGAGAAGUCCUGGAAUUACUAUCCCUACACACUAACAGAAUAUACGUGCUCCUUCAUACCCAAGUUGCAUGUCCUCAUCAAGACAAAGUAUGAGGACAACAAUGGCACCACAGAAAACUGUCUGGAUCUUACUGAGGAGGAGCUGAAAGUGCGCUCUGUGGAUCACCCUGACAUAGCUUUCGAUGAAUUCAACGCUAAGCACUACAAGCGCGAGGAGGAUCCCAAAUUUUUCAAAUCAGAAAAAACAGGUCGCGGACCGCUGAUUGAGGGAUGGCGGGAAACGGACAAGCCCAUCAUGUGCUCCUACAAGGUGGUCCAUGCCAGCUUCGAGGUCUGGGGUCUGCAGACAAAGGUUGAGGAUUUUAUACAGCGCGGCAUUCGCGACAUACUCCUGCUUGGACAUCGACAGGCCUUUGCCUGGCUGGACGAAUGGUACGGCAUGACCCUGGAGGAUGUGCGUGACUACGAGCGCAAAAAACAAGCCGAGACCAAUGAGAAGGUGCAGGCAGCUGGCGAUGCCCCCACCCAGAGUGGUAGUGGCAGCAAUGGACGUAAUACGCCCACUCAGGAUGUUGAUUAAGUAAAAGUCAAGAGAUUUCAGCUCUUGUGAAUGUUAUACCAAAAUUUAAUGUAGACAAAUGGCAGGAAGAGUGUACCUGCAUAAGAGGCAACUGUUAAACAUAUGUACCUACAAACAUAUGUGAAUAUAUAUUCAUAUAUACUAUCAUUGCA